AUGAUUCGUCCGUUGAUAUUUUGUUUACUAAUAUUUUGCUAUUUCGGCUGUGGAUUUGCUAAGUCGCGUGGCUCAGCUGCGGUGAGAAAAGACUAUGAGCCUGGUGUGGUAGCAGCAGACUUUGAAGACUAUGGUGAAAGUCAAACGGAACCCACUCCAUAUGACCCCUCCAGUUAUCAAUACGAAGAAAUUGUGCAGGUUAACCGCAGUACCGGCAUCCCGACACGUGGCAUUGUGGUGCCAAUUUCAUUGGAUCAAUUGUCCAGAAUUUUGAUUACCAAACAGACAACAAGACGGCCAAGACCGCCAAUUUACUAUCCACCACCGCAUUAUUAUCCGCCACCGCAUUAUUAUCCACUGCCGCCACCAAAACCAACGUCACCGCCACACUAUUAUCCCCACUAUCCACAUUAUCCAUAUCCUCCUCCUCCUCCGCCACCUCCACCACCAACAACACCAGCUCCCACAACAACGCGAAGACCUAACUACCCAUAUCCUCCAUAUCCACCAUACUAUGACUAUUACCCACCACCACCAUUUUAUCCACCAUAUCCUUACUAUCCAUACUAUCCCCCACCACCACCAACAACAACAACCACAACAACAACACCGCAGCCAGAUACAUCAUCAACAACAACUACCACGACUACAACAACCACUGAAGCUUCACAGACCAGAAACGACGGUGAUGGAUCGGAAACAACUGAAAAUAAACCAGGCAAAUGGACGUAUCACUGGUCGUCGGGCCAAAAGGUCUACGAAGGAGAACAGCUAUGA